AUGCUUUCUAGAGCGAAGGGUUGUUUACUGGCUGGAGCCUGCGGUGAUGCACUGGGCGGAAUAAUUGAGUUUAUGAGCAUAAGUAAUAUAAGAGCGAAGUAUGGACCGACGGGAUUAACACAUAUGGUCCUGAGUAACGGCAGUGCAUUGAUCACAGACGAUACUCAGAUGUCGGUGUACACUGCUGAAGGCUUAUUGAAUGCCAGAAAGAAAAAGUGUGAUUAUCACGAUACUCUUGUGGAAAUCCAUAAAUCUUAUUUGCGCUGGAGCAGAAGUCAACUGCAUUCAGAUCAGUUUCUCAAAAAUGCUCCCUACAACAUUGAUGAAUUGAAGAACGACGAGCUAACAAAGAACGGUAAGAAUAAACCGCUAACGGCUUCACGAUGUCCCGGAAGAACGUGCUUAACUGCUCUUGCUGAAGGUACAUUCUUCACUCCAGAUCACCCAGCGAACGAUAGUAAGGGCUGUGGAACUGUGAUGCGCGUGGCGCCUAUCGCAAUAUACGCCAAAACCCUCGAGGAGGCUUACAUGUUGGGUUGUGACUCCUCCGCACUUACGCACGGUCACAUUCUUGGCUGGACCUCUGGUGGUGCUUUAUGCGUGCUUCUUCGGCUCCUUUUGGACGGCGAGCCCCUCGAAAAAGCCGCAAACAGCAUGAUUGAAUUCAUCGAAACCAAGCCAGAGUGCAAACAGCUGGUGCCUUAUUUGAAGCGCGCAGUGGAGACAGCACGCUUAAAAGAACGAGGAUGUGACGCUUUUAUAAAGCUGGGCGAGGGCUGGGUUGCAGAGGAGGCAUUAGCGAUUGGGCUGUGGUCGUCGCUGCUGAACUCCACGGAUACACGCCAGGCCUUGCUGGACGCUGUAAACCACUCGGGAGAUAGCGAUUCGACGGGCGCCAUCGCGGGAUACAUUGUGGGAGCUGCGAACGGUGUAGAGAGCAUUCCGAAGGAAUGGCUGGAGCAUUUGGAACUGCGCGACCUGAUUGAAGAGCAAGUGAACGAUCUGUUGAAAGAGUAAAAUAGGUUGAAAUGUGUGAA